AUGGAGCCUAAUCUUAAGUUGAGCAAAGAUGAAGGAGAUGUCCUUCCUGAUCCUACAUCCUACAGAAGCAUAAUAGGAAAAUUAAUUUAUCUCACCAUUACAUGGGCUGAUAUAUCUUUUGCUGUUAAUAGGUUGAGUCAAUUCUUAUCCUUGCCUAGAUUACCUCACUUAAAGGCUGCCCAAAGGAUCCUCCAAUAUUUGAAAGGUAGACCGGGUGAAGGCCUUUGCUUUCCAUCAAGUAGUCAGCCCCAACUUAAAGCUUAUGCUGAAUCAAAUUUUACAGCUCAUGAUCUCCAUCUUAAAGUUUUUUUAGAUUCUGACUGGGGUUCUUGUCUAAAUACUAGAAGGUCUGUCACAGGCUAUUGGAUAUUUCUUAGUAACUCUCUUAUUUCAUGGAAAUAA